CCGGCUUGCGAUCGCUGUCCAAGCCUGGAUGCUGGCUCAACACCUGUGAUUUCACAUGUCAACCACUCGCGACAUUUGAAGUCACACCUAUAGCCACCUUUGCCAAGAAAUCCACUCCUGGGCAAAGUCGGUGGCCACAAGCCCCCAAUCCACACGUGCGACUCACAUUUGUAACACCUGAGCCACACCUGUGACCCCGAUCCGAUCCCACACCUGUUCUGUCACUGUUCCGUUCUUGUGGAGGGCAUGAUGGCUGUGUCUUCUGAGAGGGAGACCCCGCGCUUGCUGUUCGGAGAGUGGCUUCUGCGGGAGGUUAGCAGCGGCCGCUACGAGGGGCUGCGGUGGCUAGACGCGGCCCGCACGCGCUUCCGCGUGCCUUGGAAACACUUUGCACGCAAGGACCUAGACGAAGCAGACGCCCACAUCUUCAAGGCCUGGGCCGUGGCCCGCGGUCGGUGGCCUCCCAGCAUCUGCGCGGGCAUCCCACCACCGCCAGAGGCCCCCGAACGAGCAGGGUGGAAAACCAACUUCCGCUGCGCCCUGCACAGCACGGGGCUGUUCGUGAUGCUGCAGGACAACUCGGGGGACCCCGUGGACCCGCACAAGGUGUAUGGCCUCAGGGGCACUCCCGGAGUGGGAGGCCAAGGCAGCAACUGCAGGGAAGAGGCCCUCACGGCUGGCUGGCCCAUGCAGUCAGUGCCCCUCAGAACAUUCCUGGGAGAUGCUGGUGGUGAGAGUGCCCCACCCCAGGCCGAGGCUGCUAGCACCGUGGACCUCCUGUACCAGGUCACGCAGCAGAGCCAUCUUGGUGACCAACAGCCGAAAUCUCCAUGGUGGGCGGAGCCAGCCCCCCAGCAACCUCCUGAUGCAGGCCACCCAUCCACCCUGGAUCCUCUGCCAGACAAAUGGCUUCACACCGAGCCCUCCCUCGUCCCCUGUGCGCCGUGGGCAGAGCCUGGCUUGACCUUGGAGGUGACCAUACUGUACAAGGGCCGCCCAGUGCUGCAGGAGGUGGUGGGGCGCUCGAGCUGCGUGUUCCUAUACGGCCCGCCGGGACCGGCAGCCAAGGCUGAGGACGCGCAGCUGGUGGCCUUCCCCAGCCCCGCGGAGCUCUCGGACAGGAAGCAGCUGCGUUACACAGAGGAGCUACUGCAGCACGUGGCGCCAGGGUUGCGGCUGGAGCUGCAGGGAGGCAGCCUGUGGGCGCAGCGCCUGGGCAAGUGCCAGGUGUACUGGGAGGUGGGCGGCCCCCUGGGCUCCGCCAGCCCCGCCAGCAGUGCCAGCCUGCUGCCUCGCAACGCCAACACAAGAAUCUUCGACUUCAGUGUCUUCUUCCAGGAGCUGGUGGAGUUCCGCGAGCGGCGGCGCCAGGGCUCUCCCAACUACACCAUCUACCUGGCCUUCGGGCAGGACCUGUCUGCCAGGAGGCCCAAGGAGAAGAGCCUAGUCUUAGUGAAGCUGGAGCCGUGGCUGUGCAGGGCCUACCACGAGGGUGCACAGCUUGAAGGUGCGUCCUCCCUGGACAGCAGCAGCCUCGGCCUGUGCCUGUCCAGCUCCAACAGCCUGUAUGAUGACAUUGACCGCUUCCUCAUGGACUUCAGGCAGCUGUCGUAGGCUGUACCCCCACUCCCAAAUAAAAGCAGCCCUGAUAGUCAA